GCCGACCUCUGUCAAGCGGUCAAGCUGCAAAUAGAUGCGCCUUCCUCUCUCACUCAUCUCUGACACUUCACAUCACUCACUCCUCCAUCAUGCACGCCUCCACUAUCAACGCCAAGACGAGCAAGACAGAGGAGCGUGAGCGCCUCGUCGCCGAGAUGGAGGCUGAGCUCGGCACGUCUGUUAACGAUGACCUCGAGAUCCUCGGCACCAGUCCCCAGGACAUCGUGACCAACCUCAAGUCUCGCAAGGAAGGAUGGACCUGCGAGCGCGUCAUGUCUGUCUACAUCCGUGCCGCUUGCGCUGCUCACCGCAAGACUAACUGCCUCACGGAGGUACUCUUUCGCGAGGGUCUGACCGAGGCGCGCGCAAAGGACGCUGCGCUGGCGGGAGGAGAAAAGCCGGAGGGCGCAUUUUGGGGUCUUCCUUCCUCCUUCAAGGGUGGGUACAUGACUGGACUUGCUUACAUAGACACGUUCAACGUUCUCGGCGUCGAUACAUCUCUCGGCUGCACGCCUCAUUGCUUCCAGCGUACGACGGAGCCCGAGAUGGAGGGCACGCUCGUCAAGCUCUUCCGUGCGCAGGGUGGCAUUCCCUUCUGCAAGACCAAUAUCCCUCAAACGCUGCUCGCCUUCGAGAGUGCGAACCCCAUCUUUGGCGCCUCCUCGAAUCCGUACAGCUCUGCGCGCACGUGCGGCGGAUCGUCGGGCGGCGAGGCAGCCCUCGUGACGCUGCGUGGCACUCCGCUGGGCUGGGGCUCGGACAUCGGGGGCUCGCUGCGUAUUCCUGCUGCUUACUCAGGCUGUCUGGGUCUCAAGCCAGGAUUGGGCCGCUGGCCGGGCGCUGGGCAGCGCCCUGUCGCUAAAGGGUUUGAGGGCGUCCGGCCCGUAGUUGGGCCGAUGGCGCGCACAGUUGACGACCUCACCUUUGCGUCCAAGUCCAUGAUUGACGCAUUUGUCGAAAACAUCGCCAACCAUGAUUUUGUCCAGGUCGAGAAUGUCGUUCCGCUUCCUUGGCGCGAGCCCAGUCUCCCAAAGCGCAUGCGCAUCGGAUACUGGCUCGACGAUGGGGUUGUCCGCUCGUCGCCCGCGGCCGUCCGCGCUGUUCGCGAGGUUGCAGCUGCUCUGGAGAAGGAGGGCCAUGAGCUCGUGCUCUGGCAGCCACCUAACGUAGCUGAGGCGCUCAAGAUCUUUGUCGCCCUUCUAAGCUUUGACGGAUUCAAGCAGUUGCUUGCCAACAUCGGUCGGGACCCCAUGGAGCCAGCCAUGUUCCUCGUGACACUUGGUCCUCGUCUGCCCGGUUUCGCUAGAUGGCUAGUGAGCAACCUCGUGUCGUACCUCGCCAAGGAUCCGGUAUUUGCCAGCGUGUUUACGGCGUCGAAGCGCAAGACCAUCGAGGAGUAUGUGCAUUGGGUGCAUCAGCGCGAUGAGUACACCAAGGCCUUCCGCCGUGCCGCCUGGCAGGAGGAGAAAUUUGACUUCCUCCUAUGUCCUGUUCAAGCCGUUCCGGCGCUCGAGCACGGGCGCACCAAGGACCUGUCGCCGCUGGCCCUGUCUACGAUUCUGUUCAACAUCGUGGACAGUACCGCAGGCGUACUACCCGUGACCCGCGUCGAUGCAGAGCGCGACGCCGCACCCGCCAACUACCUUGAAGGGAGCACCGGCUCAUGGAUCCUCGAGAAGAAGGUUUACGGGGGCGACAACCCGGCGUACGACUCUGUGAAGAUGGCGGGCCUCCCGGUCGGCGUGCAGAUCGUCGGCCGCCAGUUUGAGGAGGAGCGCGUCCUCGCCCUCAUGAAGAUUAUUGAGGGGGCCGUGGCUUACGAGGCGUAAUGGGUAGCAAGUAAUAGAAUAACGAGAUAUUCGGCAUUCGGCCACUUUUUCGGCGGGAAUUUUCUCGAGCGACAAAGAAGCGACUGGAAGCGCGCGGUGCAAUGAGAGAAAUGUGCAGAUAAUGGAUACGCAUGCAUACAUGUGUGUAGUGUAUGCGACCAAUGGCAUUUUGUGUGGGCGAUACAUGCACAUCGGUUGGAG